GUUUCUUCAUCGUCUUGUACUUUAGGAAAGAAUUGCAACCUGCCACUUGCUAUUUGCCUCUAACCUCACGCUCGUUAAAGCAAGGAACAAACUUUUGUUCUGACUCUGUGACAAUGAAGUUCACAGCUGCUGUUAUCACGCUUGGCCUUGCCACCCCGAUCCUAGCCACCCCAACUCUUGUGGAACGAACCCCCUCGCUGGUGCGACGCGACCUGACCGCAUUCACCUCGGUUCUCGCCUCCAUUGACACCGCUGUCAAGAAAUUCGGCUCGGAUGUCACGUCCUACUCGGGCGGUGUCCCAACCAAUUUGCUCACAGACUCCAACGACAUCGUUAGUGUUACAAACAAUGGCGUGACAACUCUUAAAAGCCAGUCCCAGCUCUCUGAAACCGAUGCCCUGGGGCUCACUGAGCCUGUACAGGGCCUGACUAGCGACAUUCAAUCCGCGAUCAAUACCCUGAUUUCCAAGAAAUCCACCCUUGUCUCUGCCGGUGUCGGUGGUAUCGUUGAGCAAUCUCUUCAGACUCAACUGAGCGGCGCGAAGCAGCUUUCUUCUGUUAUUACGAGCAAGGUUCCCGCCUCCCUCCAAAGUAUCGCGUCCCAGCUAUCUAGUGGUAUCACCGCUGCCAUCCAGAAAGGUGUCGAUGCUUUCCAGGGAACUGGAACUGGUACCGCUACUUCCACUGGCGGUGGGAACACCUCUCCUGCCACUUCCGUUCCUGCUACUUCCGUUGCUGGUACUUCCACUUCCGUCAGUGGUGGCUCUGCUCCAUCUGGCUCCAGCUCUACAGCUCCUACUCCUACCAGCUCAUCUGGUUCCAGCUCUCCUAGUGGCGUUGUUCCUGGCGGUGGCAGUGGCUCUUCCACAAGUACCAUCCCUGCCUUCACUGGGGCAGCCUCCUCUCACAGAGUCGGCAGCGUCGCCAGCUUGGCCGCUACCCUUUUUGCCCUUCUUCCCUUGCUCUGAAGCUCAACUGGGAGAUCGGCUCCUGAGGAGCAAACUAUAAUCUUCAUCUCUUUCCGUCCACCUCAGGGUUGAGAGCUUUGGGGAGCUGUACAGCAAGAGUCGGAAUUUAUGGGUACGAACAAGGGGUAGCUAUACAUUCAUUCUUUACUUCAUAUUCGACUUAUAUAAAAAUUAAAUACGACGCUAAAUCGGUUAGCAUUAUGUCGCUUUAUACUUCUUUGAUUAGCGGAUGUGUACGUCCCUAAGAUAUUAAAAAUCACUUUUAAUAAUUAUUACAUGGAGAUUGAAUUCAGUA